AAAUCAAAUUAGCCUACACGCUCCCCGAUAUCGCCCACCCGUAGGUGGGGAUCCGCUCGCUUGGUGACCUCAAGUCCACAUCCUGGGAUUCAGCCAAGACUUUUUGGAUAUCUUUCCUUGGGCACAAAAAGUGUCGGAGGCAGUUUGUUUGUAUCUGGCCCACUUUGUCUUAUUGCUAAGGUACUGACCCAGAGGCAUGAAGGUUGCCAUAGUAACCAGGGAAAAGGGAAAGUGUAUUUAUUGCUUACCAUUAUUUUUGUUUCCUGGUUAUUAUGUGCAGUAUUUACACCGACCCCUUCCAGAAAUAAGCUCGGGCAACAGCCUUAGAUGACGGGAGGGAUUAUAUAGUAGUAGUAAUUAUUUUCUGUCCUAUCGGCUAAUGAGGGCUUGGAAUUACCCAUGGGUUAGGUAAUAUAGAGGUCAACUUUCCCUUUACAAUCGCUGAAAAUCUAUCUUUGGGUCUCCACCAUAAAGAGGCAGGAGGGGAAUAAUGGAUACUUUGUAGCAGCAGCAGCUUCUAUCAGCAGGAGUCUUGAUGGAAAGUAACUACCUGUUAUUGUGAAUAAUUGUUUACUUGCCCUUUAAAAUGUGCAUUUGACCGAUACAAAGGGAAAACAAAUCGUAAAAUGACAAGGGCCCCUUUAUUUAAGACAAGCAAUAUGGCAGCUCCCACACGUGUAUAAAGGCAGACAGAUACAACAGAUGAGAUGUGCUAUUGGUCCAUAUACACAAGUGUGAUAAUCACGGCAAUAAACACCCCCCCUCCCGGCUCACUAUAGCUGCACCUAAUCAGGUUUAACCUAAUGAGGAUUUGACACAGAUCUGGGUCAGCGGCAGAGCGAGGAUCCACUGCGCACAGAACAGCCUUUGUAUUAGGACUUCAUGACCAGGACAGAAUACCAGCGAGGCAUGCACUCCCCUCCUCUUGUCCAAUCAGCUGUUAGUAUCAGUAUGUCAGGCGUGGCUUUACAAGGAGAAGGGUCCAAAGCGGACAAGGGUGGAGGCCCUGAAGCAAAUGGAAGAUGUCAACCAGUCGCCCCUCCAAUGAAACCAAAGCAGGUACUGGCCUACCUACCUCGCCCUCCUACUGACACCAGGCGCUACUGCAGCUUUCCACAAAAGCCUGAACAUGUGGUGGUACCGACAUAUAAAGAGUCGAAGGUGCCCACACAUCCUACCCCUACUCCAGUGCACCCCGUCUUGCCUCUUCCUGACAUCAUGCCCCGCAGUGCGUAUAAACGUCACAUGAGCACCAAUGAUAUUGGAUACCCGUACCCAGCCCGGCCUCGGCCUAGUGUGUGCAUCUCAUCGGACCUUCCCAAGUACCGUCGUUCUUCGCUGAGAGAUGGAGGAGUCGGCAGUGCUCGGUGGUACCCGAGGCACGCCAUCAGUUUUCCUGAUAUCAGUCGUGGACCUCGGUACGUUAACACCCCCUCCCGGGGCUUUCUUUCGUCCUCGACGGCGGGGUCUGACCGGCAACCCAAACAACGCUGCAAAUUUAUGGAGGCCGAACUACGGCAAGGUAAGACGUCUACUCGGAGAGAGCGCCAACGGUACGUGACGAAGGACGGCAAGUGUCAAGUUAACUUGGGCCACAUAGAAGAAAAGGCUCGUUUCCUGUCGGACAUCUUUACGACCAUUGUUGACCUCAAGUAUCGCUGGUUCCUCUUCGUCUUCAUGAUGUGCUACAUCGUCACGUGGCUUCUCUUCGCCACCAUCUACUACUUGGAUGCCUUGUGGCGCCAGGAUAUUAUCAAUAUGAAUAAUACUGAAUGGGCUCCCUGUUUCCAGAACGUGGACAGUUUCACCUCGGCUCUUCUUUUCUCAGUGGAGACCCAACGUACGAUUGGUUAUGGGUCGCGGAUGGUGACGGCUACUUGCCAAGAAGGUGUCUACAUUGUCAUGGCGCAGUCUAUCGUCGGUUCCAUGAUAGACGCCCUUAUGGUAGGGUGCAUGUUUGUGAAAAUUUCCCGCCCCAAGAAAAGGGCACAGACUCUCAUUUUUAGCCAGAACUGUGUGGUUUGUCCCCGCGAUGAGAGACUCUGCUUCAUGUUCAGAAUCGGGGACCUCAGAGAUAGUCACAUGGUCGAUGCCAAAAUCAGGGCCAAGUUAAUCAAGUCAAGACAGACGUACGAAGGAGAAUUCCUCCCUCUGGAACAAUCGGAAAUCAACCUUGGCUACGAGACCGGAGAGGACCGCCUGUUCUUGGUGGAGCCACAGGUUAUUUGCCACGUCAUCGAUGAGAACAGUCCUUUCUGGGAAAUGGGACCCCAGGAGCUCCUGAGGGAGCAGUUUGAGAUCAUUGUCAUCCUGGAGGGAAUCGUGGAGGCCACAGGCAAGUAA